CCUCAUUCUCACCUUCGAUCCGAUCUAGUCCUUCAUCCCUCAGCAUCGCGCCAUCAUGGCCGCCGCAACAGCAGCAUCAGCGUCCACUUUAGCAUCAUCGUCGUCCUCUACGAGAACACUACCACCGGCUAUCCGCAGACUAGUGCUCCAGACCUUCACCAAGAAGUACUCGCUGCAGCUGCACGCAUCUGCCCUCACUUUCAUCGCUGCGACCCUCGACGAGCACGAGCUUCUUCACGUCACACCAGGCGACGAUGAGCUUGAAGCGGCACAGAGAGAAGCCGUAGAGGUCCUCGCCAAAGGUUGCCUUGACCUCGGAGUGCUGGAAGAGGCAGGCGGAGGAGCCAGCAGCAUCGUGACGGCCAAGCAGCUUCAGCACGUGUACUCGCAGCUCGUCGCUGAUGGGCAGCAGGCCGGGUCUGGCUCGUCUACGGGUGUUGCUGCUGCAGUGCUCGAUCCUGAUAUCAGCAGGACGCAGUAUGAAUCAAUUCUGAAUGAGGAGGGAGCUCCGGCCCCGGAUCGAUGGUUCGACGUCGUCGACUCCUUCGCCAUGCCGAGGGUGCAGUGGGAUUCGGUGGCCAAGACCUUUGUCAAACUUCCGCAACAAGCCUCCAUUCUGCCCCCACCCCUCUCCAAGCCCCUCGCAAUCCGCAAUCGUCUGCAAGCCCUACGUGCCUUGGUUCUACGCAACGAGAACUUCUGUCCCCCCUUGCCCGGCUCAAUCCGAGCCCGCAGCAGCGACUCGUGGAUGAAGCUGACCUCGACCUCAAACCUGUUGGGGAGACCCAAUGGUCGCUUCCUCCUCUUCGGCGUUCUUACCACCACACCAGACGGCAGGUGGUGCCUGGAAGAUGAGGACGGGCGGGUGGAGCUGGAUAUGUCCCAGGCGAUUCCUGGCGAGGGGAUCUUCACGCUCGGCGCUCUUGUACUCGUUGAGGGCCGAUAUUCAGAUGAGGACGGCGAAAAGCUGCACGUUCACGCCAUCGGCCACCCACCGAGCGAGCCCCGCGCUCGCGCACGCGAGAUGUACGGACACAUCGACUGGACAGGCAAGGGGGUCCUCUCACUCAAGGAAGAACAGUCCCUCUCCCACUCUCUGCAGCGGCAUCACCGCGACUUGUCAUUUAUUGUCCUGUCGGACGUGCACUUGGACCUGCCUCGCACCUUUCACUCUCUCAAGGCGGUGCUGCGCGGUUACAUUGAUGCAGACUUCGUUCCCUUCUGUCUGGUCUUCUGUGGCAACUUCCUUUCGGAGGAGGGGAGAAGAAAGGCGGACGGAGGGCUGACCAAGUAUCAGGAGGCGUUCAAUGGCUUUGCUGACUUGUUGGCGUCUUUCCCGACUCUCUUUGCCACAAGUCACUUCCUCUUGGUCCCAGGGCCGUCAGACCCAUUCGCCACGCCGCUCCUCCCGCGCAAGGCCCUGCCCUCGCUCAUAUCGGAUCCCUUCCAUGCUCGCCUGUCCAGCAAGCUCAACUUGUCAAGGACCAAGGUGCAGGAACGUGUUCACUUUGUCUCGAACCCGUGCAGAGUGCGCUUCUGGGGCAAGGACGUGGUCGUAUUCAGGGAUGAUUUGCUAGAAAGGAUGAGGAGAAACGGCGUGGCCGUGGGAGAGGGGAAGGAGAUCAAGGAGGGCGGGAUGAAGAAGUUUCUCGUCUCCACCCUCCUCGACCAGGCUCACCUCUCGCCGCUCAAUCAACAGGCGCGUCCCGUCCUCUGGGAGCAUGACCAUACGCUCCGCCUCUACCCAAUGCCCUCAGCUCUCAUCCUGGCAGACUCGUCGGAACACUACGAGCUCACUUAUGAGUCGUGCCACGUCUUUAAUCCAGGCUCGUUCAACGCUGCCGCCGUCUCGACGUCCGCGGCGGCUAUGGCGGGAGGGGAUGACAGACUAGGGGUAAGUGGUGCGGGGUGGACGACGUAUUACCCAGCGACGGGGAGGGGGGAGAGGAGUGAGCUGGCUAGAGCGUGAGAAAGGCGCAACACGCAGAUCCGUGUGGCAUCGGCUUUGUUCUUGCAUUGAGAUCUCUACUUGCCAAGCGCUCGUUGUACCUCGCGCCGGAUCAAGCGUACAAGUGCAUCGUCCUCGCCUGCAGCAGCUUGGCCAUUUGGAUCGUCUG